GUAAACCCAGCCCUCUCGCCGGCGUCCGACCAGCGGGAUGGAGGAAGAGAAGGCGGCGGCGUACUACGACGAGCUCAACCGCAAGGGCGAGGGCGCCCGCCGCUUCAAGCAGGGUCUCGGCUUUUCCUCCGACGACCCCCAACCUGCCUCCUUCUCAUCCAAGCCCAGCAGCACCUCCUCCUCCUCGUUCCUCUCCGGCUUCGUCCGUGCCGGCGCCAGCCCCACCCCCACCAGGCCGUCUCUGCCUCCCGAGGCCCCGUCCCGCCAGCGCCGUCGUUCUCGCUCGCCGUCCCCAUCCCGUCCUCGGCCGCGGUCGAGGUCCCCCUCUCGCUCGCGCCGGCGCCGGUCAAGGUCUAGGUCCCGGUCGAGGGAGCGGAGGCGCCGGUCGAGGUCGAGGGAGAGGGGUGACCGCAGGGCGUCGCACCACCGGUCUAGGUCGAGGUCGCGCUCGCCGUCUCGCCGGAGUGGCAGGAUCUCACAUGCCGAGGGCCAGCGUGACAGGCAUGGGGAUCGGCGGCGCGACGACGGCGGCCAGAGCCGUCAUAGCUCGAAGGGGCGCGGCGGUACGGAUGGCGGUAAAGUGGAUUAUUCAAGGCUCAUUGAAGGAUACGAUAGAAUGACUCCUGCUGAGAGAGUCAAAGCAAAAAUGAAGCUUCAGCUUUCAGAGACAGCUUCGAAGGAUUCCACCCUUGGGACUGCCACUGUGAGUUGGGGGAGGUUUGAAUUCAACAAAGAUGCUCCACUUGAUGAAGAUGACAAUGAUGUUGAAGUUGCUAAUGAUGACGCUACACUUGUUAAGCACAUAGGGAAGAGCUUCCGACUUUCUACGGUGGAGUCAAAGAAUGAGAGCAUAGUCAGAGAUGCACAUGAUGAGGCUAUGUUUGGUGUACCUAUGUCUUCAAAUGUUGAUACGGAAACAUCUGAGGAUGAGCUUAAAACCAAUGGCGAAGGCAAGAAAGCUGAAGAUGUUGAAGCUCAACCUAGCAGUUCCCUCAUUAGCGAUGAAGUUAUGGCAAUGCAAAAGAUGUCAUGGAGAGAAAGGAUGGAGAAGCUGCGGCAGAAUUCAAAUACAUGAAGUUAGUCCUUGCUAAAAAUGCUGAACACUGUAUACUUCAACAUCUGCUGUUCUACUCAUACACACAUUGUAUUUAUCAGUUGUAACAUCUGGCAGCAUUCUGUUCAGGUCGAUGUUUUGCGUACUAAUUCAAUGUAAGAUUUGUUGAGCAAA